AUUAAUGAAAAGCUCUUAUGAUUGCUUGUAACCAAUUGAACUUUGGUUUGAAUUUUAAUUCGAAAAGAAAGUCAAUUGGAAGUGCACGUGCGCGGUGAAGCAAACAUUUUUAAAUUGUUAAUAAGUAAUAAUUAAAAGAAAAAUAUGCCUAAAGCUUCGAAAUGUCGUGUUCGCGAGUGUUAUAGUGAACAAAAUGUUCGUUCGUUUGCAUUUCCCAAAAAUCGGGAAUUAUUAAAUUUGUGGAAGGAGAAUUUGAGGAUCUCACCCUCAAUGCAAAUGCCAAUGCAUAAUUCAUUUGUAUGCAUUAAGCAUUUUGAGGAGGAUGCCGUGGGACCAAAAUAUCUCAAGAAUGGAGCGGUUCCAACUUUAAACUUGGGCUAUGAUGAUGUUCCACCGAACAAGUGGACCGAAAAAAAGAAAAAAAGGAGCUGCUGUAUCGUGAGCUGCGUGCCUAAGGAUAAAGUUAUACUUUUUGCGUUUCCUAGGGACGAAGAGACCCGUAAGAAUUGGGCCUUGGCUUGCAACGUGCAAGUGUCAAGCACUGACAGGGUUUUUCUUUGUCAACGCCAUUUUGAACCCACAUUGGUUGCAAAAUAUAAACUCUUGAAAGGGGCUUUUCCUUGCUUCAAUUUAGAGCCAGUAAAUAGAAGUCGCUCGCCUAGUGCUGGCUCUGAUUGGGUUUGCCCGCCCGUCACUGCAACUUAUAGUAAGGUAGUUAAGGAAGUAGAAGAAGAUUUAACUCUGGAAGAGUUUGAGAAAUAUUCGAUAUUAGAGGAAAACAGGCAGGCUAGUUAUAGUAAUCAGAUCUGCGUGGACUUAGAAACCACAACCACUCGCGAACGGUUUGCUCAGUCUGCUCGCUAUUAUCAGAGCAACGCGGUCAAAUUAAAUAAACGUAUUGAGGAGCUUGAAAAAGAAAAUAAUGACCUAAACAAUAAAUAUUCUGAGUUGUUGAAACGUGCAAUAAUUGCGGAAGAAAGUUGUAGCAGCGAUGCUUUAACUUUUGCAAAAAUGAUCGUCAGUACCAAAAAAGGUUGGUAUAAUGAGGACGAAAAGGCAUUGGCACAAAAUUUGAACUAUAUGUCCACUAAAGCAUAUUCUUUUAUGCGUGACGAUCUAGGUUUUUGUUUACCACACAAAUCAUCUCUUUUGCGUUGGCGCCCCAUCAGGUAUGUUGUUCCAGGUUUCGAAAAGUUAAACCAAGAUUGUCUAGAAAAUUUCUUUUAUCGGGUCCGAGCUAGUCAGGACUGGAAUUUAGGGACUGAGGAUCAUCAUCUGGAGGAAGAAGUAGGAGAACCGCUAAAUGAGCAACUCGUUUUAGAAAAUAUAGAGGUAGGAGACGAGAAUUUUGCCGAAGAACAAAAUAUAGCUGAGGUACAGGUGCAGCGUUAUUACACUGGCUAUGGUAUUUACCAAAAAUUACUGUGUAAGCUAAAAUGCGACAAAUGCGCCCACAUUAUGAUGAAAACACAAGGAGACUUAAAAUUGCAUUCCGAAGCCCUGAUAAGGUCUAAAAAUUUCACGGAUGAUACCGAUUUGAGACUGGUGAAUCCUGAAGACAGGGUAUUCGAAGUGUGUCGCCUUCAGAUGAUGUGGUACCGGCAGCUUUUUGCAAAAUAUGCUCACGUAGGUAAUAUUCGCAAUCUAAUGUUGCCGGUUAUAAAACAAAAAACCGAAGAAGUAUUUCCCCAUUGGUUCGCACUAUCUGGCGAAUGUCAGGAUCAUCGCAUCAAGCUACUCGAUUUUUUGAUAUAUGUACUUCUAUUCAAAAAUGCGAAAUGGCUUUUACGGCAAGAAAAUACCCAAGUCAGGUGUCAGAAGCGCAACGAUAAACUAAAAAAGUUGCCGUACGUUGUAGGUCAGGGUCCAACAAGCAAUGAAGACAUAGUUUCCGUGGGCCUGGAGGGCUCUACCACCAAGCUUUGGAUAAUGCCGGCCUAUAUGGCGCACGAGGUGGAAUCACCUCGAACGAUACUUCGCGAAGGUUUGGCUAAAGCGAGACGCGUGAGAACCAGCGUUAUUAUAAGGACGGACGCAAAUUCCCACCAAUCAUGUUGGGGCAGUUCCCACAUAAAUACGAGAGGGGCAAUGACUCCUCUUCAAUCACUGCAACCAGCGCUUGAGUUGGUUAAGAACAACAUGAAUGCCGAUUCUAUCGAAUGCUUUCUCGAAGUCUAA